UAUUCAUAGCAACUCUGUUGCGCAAUCCUGAAACUGGCAAAACGUGGUUGAUUUGCUUCGAAUUUUCUUGCAUUUUGAGACGCCAUUUAUACCAAAAUGGCGAAAUUGAAGACAGUUGAUGAUGUGGUUGAUGAACUUAUGGCAGACUCUGAAUCAGACGAUGGUGAUUUGCCGAGUGAUUUGGAGGAUUAUUCUGACGAAGGUGACACUGUAGAUCGUGUAGAUUCAAAGCAUGGCUCGCCUGUACAUAUGCAUGCUGCUGUAGGGGGUGGGACAGAGGACGAACUGUCUUCGUACCACACUGAUUCUGAGCACACUCAGGCUGAAGAUAGUGACUACUCACCAAGUGAAGGAGAAAGAGCUGAUAUGAUGGACAUGAGUCUAGCAGAUGAUGAGUCUGAUCCUUCAGAUGAUUUUGAUAUGAGUGGAAGUGCACCAGCUUCCCCAAGCCCAUCACCAACUCCGUCUCCUCCACGUGGUCGAGGACGCGUUCGUACACGUGGGGGACGUGGUCGUGCCCGUAAUCCUGUCAGAGCUCCAGUGCCUUUGUUACCAGCCCAGCCACAGGCACCACCCCCAGCCCCUGCUGUGCCUGCUCCAGGGCCACCCUUGCCCCAGAGAGGAGGUGGUGGCAGGAGAGGACGAGGACGUGGGAGGGGACGUGGACAGCAACCGGCUGCCCCCCAACAGGCUGCAGGCCCUGUAUGGCAAGAUGAUAAUGGGGAAGUUCCAAAUUGGCUUCCAAAUUUGCAGAAUCAACACCCAGCAGAGCCUGUGAUGGAUUGUACAGACUUCACCCCUGUGGACUUCUUUCUUGUGGCAUUCCCAGAACAAGCUAUCCAACUUAUGUGCGAUGAAACCAAUCGUUAUUAUUCGCAAUGGUACGAGAAAACAGAGGCUGCUGCCUUGAGGACAGGAAUAAGACAUUCUGGGGAUGAAACUACGAAGAAGCAGUGGAAGGAUGUUGAUCUAGGGGAGAUGAAAGCUUUCAUUGCGAUUCUUCUUAUCAUGGGCAACAAUCUAAGGCCCACAUACAAGGCAUACUGGUCGACUGACUGGCUAACUCACAUGGAGGGAUUUAGAAAAGUGAUGUCAAGAGACAGGUUCCUUCUAGUUCUAAGAUUUCUGCAUGUAGCAGACAACACUGGGGCUGUUCCUAGGGGGCAGCAAGGAUUUGAUCGCUGCUUCAAGAUAAGGCAGUUCGCAAAUGUGUUGGUUGACUCAUGGAAGAGGAUUGUCAAUCCGGAUAAGCAUGUAUCCGUCGAUGAAUGCAUGGUUGCAUUCAAAGGUCGUGUUGCAAUGAGACAAUAUAUGCCCAAAAAGCCAACAAAGUGGGGCAUGAAGGCCUGGGUGCUGGCAGGCUCAAAGACAGGGUUCGUUUUUGACUGGAAGCUGUACAGUGGAAAGGAGGGAGACAACGUAGAGAGGAAUCUUGGGCGCAAAGUUGUCCUAGAUCUUACAGAUAUGUUACCACCUGGACAUGAGGUAUAUUUCGAUAACUAUUUCAACAGCUAUGAGCUACUCCAGGUCCUUGAAGGGAGAGGAUUAGGUGGUUGUGGUACACUGCGUUCAAACAGGACUGCAAACCCUGCUGAAAUCAAGAUGUUCACAACAAAGCUGUCUGCAGCUAGGCUGCAGGCAAUGUCACCGAUUCUCAAACGCUGUGGCAAUAUUCUUGCAUUGGGCUGGUAUGACAAAAGACCAGUUAGUGUAAUGAGCAAUAUUCACACUGCAGAGAUGAUGAACAAGAGAGUCAGAGAUGCAAAUACCCCAGGUGGCCACAGGAACAUUCGAAAGCCUAUGGCAGUUGACCAGUACAAUAAAUACAUGGGAGGAGUGGACUCAUCUGAUCAGCUCAAUUCCUACAAUCGCAUGGUGAGGAAAUCUCUCAAAUGGUGGAAAAAAGUUCUCUUGCAUCUGCUGGUCACUGCUGUUUCUAAUGCAUAUGUCAUGUACAGGAUGGUGGUGCCAAAGGAGCAGCAGAAACAAGGAUACGAAUUCAGAAUUGAGGUUGCCAAGGAACUGGUCGUUGGAUAUGAACGUCGUCCUUCUGUACCGGGCCGUCCAAGUGUGAAUCCUGCUCCAUUCAGGCUGACAGAGAGACACUUCAUUGAGAAAGGAGAUGGGAAAAAACCUGAUUGUGUUGCAUGCUGCCUAAGGAGAAACAACAAGUACGUACGAAGGAAGCAGACAGUGUACCGUUGCAAAAACUGCGUUCCCAAGGUUGCCCUCUGCAUCAUCCCUUGUUUCGAACUGUAUCACACCCAGAAGGACUACAAGGCUAAAUAUGAGGAGUAUCUGAGGGCACAAGACCAAAACUAAGACUCUGACUGCAAUAGAAAAGACAAGAACAAAGACAUGUUAGGUAGAACAAAGUUUUAUUGAAGGUUUGUUCCUGCGCGGACUGAAGACGAAAAUUUUAGAAUUUCACCUCAAAUGGGACUCUUUGUCAAGGGUCCCAUGUUGCUUUCUGGGGGUCAAUAAUGAAGACCUGACUAGUCCAGGGCAUGCACUUGUUUAUUUUUACAUUUGUACAAUCAUUUCUGUGGUUAUAUUUCAUAGGGAAGCAUUUAUACCUUGGGAUCUACAAUUUUGUCAUUUUCAGGUUUUUCGAAAAAAAGUUGCGAGUUUUCAGGGACCUUCUAUAUACCCCCUAAAAUUUUUUGGGGGUGAUCUACCCCCUGGAAAGCUACAUAUUCUGAAAGAUUAGGUAAAAUGCUAAAAAAAACUCAAUUGGUAUUAGGCAAUUGCUUGAAUGCUUCCCACUGUAAAUAGUGUUUGAAAUUUUCAUGUCGUUCAUUUUUCUGGUACCUAAAAAAUAUCCAGUCCACAGUGACCAUCAAACUGAAAAAUAUUCAGAGCUGAAAGGGUUAAGCUGCCUGUGAAAAUGUGCCUGCAUAAUGACCAAAAUUUAUGGUUAAAAUUUACAAUCCCCGAUCUGAAAUGACGU